AUGUUGGUAGAACACGGAAGUGGGAGGUCAGCGCGGGGUGAGCUAGUAAAGGAGGGUUUCCGGUGGCCAUGGCCGGAGUGGGGCUGACGGAGAGUCCCGCCCUCUGGAUCCUGGUCCCGGCCCUCGCCGCCUUCCUCCGCCUCGGGGCCCGAGCCGCCGGCUGUCCGUGCGCCGACGUCGCCCUGUGCCGCCCGGUGACCGCGGAGAGGCCGUUCGAGCUCUUGGUCUUUGACGUUGGUGGUACAGAUUGGCACCAUUAUGACUUUUCUAAGAUCACAACUAUUGCAGCCUUUGGAAUUUAUGACCCUCAGCUUGUAUGUCAUGCUCACGCACAUAACGUUCGUGUCGUCCUGAAAGGAGAUGUGCCAAUUAAAAACAUAUUAGACCAUACCCAGCGAAUAAAUUGGAUCAAUGAUCAAAUACAGUUAGCAAAGCAGCAGUUUAUGGAUGGGAUUAACUUGGAUCUGGAGGAAGCUGUUGAAUUUAAGUCUGAAGGAUAUUACGCUAUAACGCAACUGGUUAAUGAAACCACACAAAUCUUCCAUCGUGAAAUACCAGGGUCUCAGGUCACAUUUGACGUGGCUUGGAAGCCAGGAUGCGUAGAUGGCCGGUGCUAUGAUUAUGCAGCAAUUGCAGCAUCUUGUGACUUUAUAUUUGUGAUGUCGUAUGAUAUGCAGAGUCAGAUUUGGGACGAUUGCAUUGCAAAGGCAAAUGCACCAUAUGACCAGACGUUAGUGGGUUACUUAGACUAUCUCAAGCUCAGCAUUCCUCCUGUGAAAAUCGUGAUGGGAGUUCCAUGGUAUGGUUAUGACUAUCCUUGCUUACAGCUGCUUGAGGCUGGUCGGUGUACAAUCCGAAACAUUCCUUUCAGAGGUGCACCUUGCAGUGAUUUAGCUGGACCUCAAGUCCCAUAUAAAGGUCUCAUGCGUCUGCUGCCCAGAUCAAUCACUGGCCGGUUUUGGGAUGAUGUUCAGAAAGCCCCGUAUUUUAUCUAUGAGGUUAACGAUACAUACCAUCAGGUCUGGUAUGAUGAUCCACAGAGCAUUUCAAUUAAGGCAGCGAUUAUCAAAAAGCUGAAUCUCCGUGGAAUAGGCAUGUGGAAUGGAAACCUCUUAAACUAUGAUGAUCCUAAAGCAGCAAUACAAACUAAAGAAAUGUGGGAUGCACUGAACCCUUUCUGAACAAAUCUUCAGUGACUUUUGUUCUAAAACUCCAAAAUGCAACUAUUUAGCAACUGCAACUAUACAUUGCAAGCAUUGAACCAUUGAUUCCAAUAUUAGAAAUUGACCUAAUGCAGAUCUGUGGAGCAGGUAUGAAAUGUUUCUCUCAAAUGUCUAUUCAAUGAGAAGCAGACAUAAGUGUUUUGCAACAUCUUAGUCUGUGCACUUUGUAAACAGUUUGUCAGCCAUCAGACUGACAGUACAGGUUAAACUUUGAACCACUGCUAAAUACUUAGGGAACAGUUCGAUUUUUCCUGUUGGUUGGAAAUGAAUUACAACAUAUGUGUGCUGUGUUCGUUUUUCGCAAUCUUUGAUGUUUGUCAGUGUUAUCGUUUUGAGGAUUUCUCAAAUUAAGUUUCCUAACUUAAUUUUCACUAUCUACAUUGAGGUUUGAUUAGUUCGGCAAAGUCAUGUUUGCUCUUACUAAUUUUCAAUUAAUAUUGCAAGGCACUGCAAUUAUUUGACUUUUAAUCU